AUGGUUGAUUUGGUGAGACGCACAUGUUCUUGUGGAAAAUUCGACUUGUUAAAGAUCCCAUGCGGGCAUGCCAUAAAAGCCAGUUUUAGAGUAGGCAGACAAGUUCACAGUCUGACUGACGAGAAGUACACAACCUCUUCUUGGAUCUCAGUUUACGAGGAAAGCAUGAAUCUGAUAAGUGUUCCUGAAGAUGCAUGGAUUGUCCCAGAACAUGUGGAGAAGGCAAAAGUUCUUCCUCCAGAGAGUAGAAGAGCAGCAGGAAGGAGAAAGAAACGAAGAUACGAGACAGUUGAAGACAAGAUUCUUUCACAAAGAAGUAAAGGUUCCACAAAACGCAAAUGCAGUAGGUGUGGGAUUGAAGGGCACAAUAGGUCGACUUGUGAUAGAGCAAUAUAG